AUGGAUUCUUCGAAUAUGGCUAAGAUUUCUGCUUCUGCUCCUUUGGACCAAGUUAUUCAGGACGCAGUGGAGCAAACGAUCAAGCCAUCCAUAAAUAUUGGAAUCAAGUGUUCAUGUUGGGAAAACAGGAGUAGUUGUCCACCGAGUGCAAUUCCCACACCAUGCUCUGCGCCAGACUGUGUUUAUGCCUAUCUCGAUAGCGGACAGCCCUCUUAUGAACGCUUCAAAAUUCGACUCAGCAAUGUCAACAAACACAUUACAGUCAAGACAAUGAAGAAAUUCCUCCAAUCACAGGGUUUUGACACAUCAAAAAUCAAACCAGUUGGUCGAGGGCUUUUCUUCAUAACCUUUCGAUCCGCGGAGGAUAGAGAUAAGGCCGUUGAAAAACUGAAUGGAUAUUUCUUUAAAGGACGAACUCUUAAUGCUGAGUCAAAAACAAAGGGCGAUCAAGAGCAGUCCCACAGCUCUCCAUCUUUAAAGAAACGGAAGGUUGGCAAUGCUGCUGAAGUACCGGACACAGCUGAUCCCAAUGUAAGUGUCGCGUCCCUCUACCAAAUGACCUACGAUCCGGAUCAGCUGAGGAAAAAGCAAAACAGUGCUAUUGAGUGCUUGAAAAAGGUCCGAAACGCAGUGAAAAAGGUCAAUAAAUUCAAAUACUGUGACCUCUGCCUUGAAUCCGGGUUCAUGUCGAGCUCCAGAAAAUCCUUGGGUCCCGAAAUUUGUCCGAUCAUGCCAUCAGUGAGUUUUAUGUGUCUUAAUACUACAGUUUAA